GCACUGCGGUUGCCAAUGCCAUGCCUAAGAGAGAGAAAGAGAGAGCGCAGUCCAUCCAUCGUUGUUUAUAGUUGUUCUUUUGUCGUUGUCGCCGCUGUCGUUGUCGCAAUCACAGACGCUUUUAGACAGCGUCGCUGCCUUCGUCAGUUUUUGGGUUCCAAUUGUUGUGGACUCGGAUUCGGAUUCCGCGAGUGUGCUUGGAUUGCAUAAAGAAAAUACGACGGCGAUCAUCGCUUCGGUUAUUUGUUUAUUUCAUUAUCGAGCUCCGUGACGUCACGACGAGCCAUGGCGUCGUCUUGGAUCAUCACCCUAGGCUUAGGCUUGGUUUUAUCCGUGGGCGUGCGAUCACUGGAGAUCGCUAGCAUAGAUCACCCCUGCGCCUACGCGAACACGGUCAACAUUACAGACGGAUUGCGGCUGAAGGACGGCUCUUACUCUUACGCCGGAGUGGUGAUUCCUCCCCAUUUGAUGGCCGAGUACAGCUUCAAGGUGAUCGACGGUGUGGAGUACCGGGCCAAGAGGCAUCUACGCGGCUGUGUCUGCCUGCUGAAGCCCUGCAUCAGCUUCUGCUGCCCACCGGAUCUGGUGUUUGAUGCCAAGAACUGGAACUGUUCUAGGCCCCACCGAAUAAGGGAGUCUACUCACGUCGAGCUGACCUACAGCAACAAUAGGUCAGUGGAGCAGGUGCGCAUUUUGGAUAGAUUUGUGGUGCGCACGGAGCUUGGAUGUCGGAACAAGUUCGUGGACAGGAAGCACGAGAGCUUCUGGCAGUGGGAUCUCUUCGAGAAUGGUUCCCUUAAAAGGGAUUACCGGCUGUGGACCACGGACGAGUACUGCUUCACUCCAUUGGAGCACAAGCCGGAAGAGUGGGAGCUUACGCCGCUCAACUGCGAGCGCUUCCAGACAGGCUACCGGGUGUGGAUAUACGCCAUUUGUAGUAUUAUAGCCAUAAUUAUAAACAUCUUCAUCCUGUCGCUUCUGGGCUCGGUGAGGGAUGCGCGGAAGAGCCACUAUGGCCAGCUGAUCAUCUACUACCUCCUCUCCCUCAUCGUGGGCUAUUCCCUGUUGGUCUACUUGGCCCUCAAGAAUCCCAUGAAACUGACGCAUGCUUCCUGCAGGAAUAUAGGCUUCCUGGCCUACUUUUGCGUCCUGCUAUCCUUCGUCUUCCUGGCCAUUUGCAGCUUCGAUUUCCUACUCAAGUUUAGACAGAAGGCAGUGAGAAAUUGGGUGCGUCGCCUGUGGUAUGGCUUAUCAGUCUUGGCUGUGGUGGGACUUCGGUUCCUCGUGUCAUUUGUCCAGGACUCCAAGCUGCCCAAGCACUACAAGCCAGGCAUUGGCGAGGACUACUGCUGGUUUGAUGUUCGUCUUUGGGGCAUUCUGAUCUACUAUUAUGCGCCCAUUACCACUUUGCUGUGCUUUAGCAUUGUGUGCUGCCUUAAGGCUUACUUUUCCAUCUACGAACUCCUGCCGGACACUCAGUACAUAUUGGGAACACAGUUGAGAAUCGUCAAAACCCAUUUUUACGCCUUCAGUGCCUACAUAGUAGGUGUGUUUGCCGUGUGGAUCCGUGAGAUUAUCGUCUACAUAAUGGCCAGAGUAAGGGAGCAUUUCUUUAUCAUAGACUUCUGGAGUGGCAUUUGCAUCCUGGGACUGGCCAUAGCCGGAUUUAUUCUGUUACUUGGCAAGAACUUGCAUGUGAAAUCGUGGUGGGCCAUCAAUGUUGAGUCAAGUCAAACAGAUCUGAGCGUGAUCAAUGCUCGCGUCUACAAGUUCGAUGAGAAAGGAGAUCUCAAGUCUUCAGAUUCACCCUAUAAGCCAACAGUGACGUCGCUUUAGUAAACUUUAAUAUCUACUUAUCUUAUAAUUCAUUCAGAGUGUCGCUCAAAAAUAAGUCCAUAAAUUAUAAGUG